GCAUGCGAUCGGAAUCAGAUCCGCGAACAAAACUAAAAUAUGUGUCUUUUGGUUAAUUCAUAUUUCAUUGUAUUUUAAAUUUUAAAUAACUAUUAUUUGAUUAAGUUUUUAUCUACAAAUAUGUACUUUUAAACUAUACAUGAUCUUUUCAAAUUCAUAUUACCGAGGAAAUACUGAUUUUGUGGAGAUAUUUUAAGAUGAACUUUAUGAAACAAUAUGCUCCAGAAGCUCUAGUAAAAAUGAGCCAGAAAAUAAACUUUCCGUCAGCUGAUAGAAACAAAGGUCCCAUUUUAGAAGUACUCCAGAAGUUUAUCGAUAAAGAUAAAGAAGGAAAACUUCUGGAAAUAUCUUCAGGAACUGGUCAACAUGCAGCACAUUUCGCCCCCCAUUUUCCCAAACUAACUUUCCAACCGACAGAAAACGAACCAUCGCUAUUGGAUAGUAUUCGAGCUUACGCUGCAGAUAUCCCAACGAAAAAUGUGAAACAUCCGCUUUUAAUCAACGUUGUCGACGAUUGGACAAAAUGGAAUGUGUCCAACGAUUUCGAUUACGCUCUUAACGUGAACAUGAUUCACGUGACGCCGUUUUCUUGUUCGAUAGGACUUUUCAAAAAUGUCAGUGCGGUACUUAAACCAGGAGGGUUGCUUUUUACGUAUGGCGCUUACGCUAACAACGGAGUUCUAGAACCACAAUCAAAUAGAGAUUUUGAUAAAAGUAUAAGACAGAGAGACCCUAAUUGCGGUGUAAGGGAUAUACAGGAUUUGAUUAAAAUUUCAGAACCGUACGGUAUUAAGCUUAACGAGAUAUUCGACAUGCCGGCUAAUAAUAAAUGUUUAAUAUGGCAAAAGUUGAAAUAAUUUUAUGUAUUAAAUUUAAUAUGUAAAUAGAAUAAAGUAUUAUCUUCGGCUCAUGUA